ACAGAAGGUCUGUCUCCUUCCUGUGUUGUAUAAUCCGGAUGGCUGACUAAUAUCUUCUGAGUCAUUCAAUGAGCUUGAUCCAUUCACAGUUCUAGGGGAAGUACUGCUAUGGUACAAUUAUCUUGUUAAACUUUCCCUGUUUUGUAUUCCCUUAAGGACAGGUGAUCUCCCAGUGCCAGCUCACUAUUUGCCUAUUGUCUCCUGGGUAGGGAGGGGUGUAGACGUCACAGCAGAGGAGGAGGUGGCUAAGAAAACAGUCACUGUUUUAAAACUCCUCAUGCAGAGGGAUCGGCUUGCAGUUGCCCGCAGACGUCUUGGAAGGCACAUUCACCUCCUACUGGAUCAGCAUGGAGGAAGGGAGUGGAAUUCUGAAGCAAGGCUUUCUUGUUAAAAAGGGACAUGUUGUCCACAACUGGAAAGCAAGGUGGUUUGUUCUUCUCCAGGACAGACUGCUCUAUUAUAAAGUUGUGGGAGGAAAGAAAGAGUCUUCUCCAAAGGGCAGGAUUAUUUUGGAUGGCUGCACAAUGACUUGUCCAUGUUUGGAGUAUAACAGGCCGUUGGUCAUUAAACUGAAGACAAAAACAAACACGGAAUAUUUCCUCGAUUUCUGCUCUCGAGAAGAGCGUGAUGCCUGGGCGUUGGAUAUAACUGGUGCUAUUCAUGCUGGCAACCCAGUACAAGUCCAGCAACUUCACCGCAUGAAAAAUUCCUUCAAACUGCCCUCAAAUAUCAGCCUGAAUCACAUUGUGGACAAAAUGCAUGACAGCAGCAGUGGAAUUAAGCUCACACCCAACACAGAACAAGGCAGCACAUAUAAAGAAAGUUUUACAGGCUCUGUGCUGGUUGACUGGCUGAUUUCCAAUAGUUUUGCAGCCUCCCGUCUAGAGGCUGUCACCCUGGCCUCUGUGUUGAUGGACGAAAAUUUCAUUAAGCCUGUGGGAGCCCGCAGUGUUGAAGCCAUGAGGAAUGGUGAUUUGACAGAGCAGUUUUUGGAUGACUCUACAGCUCUGUACACAUUUGCGGAAAACUAUAAGAAGAGAACCACCUCCAAAGAAAAUAUUCAUCUUAACAUUAUUGAAUUGAGUGGCACCAUUUUAAAACAAGGAUUUUUAAUAAAACAGGGACACAAGAGGAAAAACUGGAAGGUGAGGCGCUUUGUCCUGAGGGCUGACCCUGCUUUCCUACACUAUUAUGACCCCACAAAGGAAGAUAUCCGACCAGUUGGGGGAUUCUCUCUCCGUGGUUGCCUUGUCUCAGCAUUGGAAGAUAAUGGAGUCCCAACAGGAGUGAAAGGGAAUGUGCAGGGCAACCUCUUCAAAAUCAUAACAAAGAAUGACAUUCACUACUUUAUACAGGCCAGUUCCAAGGCAGAGAGGGCAAGCUGGAUUGAAGCCAUCAAACAGCUAACAUAGACAUUUGCAAAUUUCUUAUGUGGACAAAACCAUUGACUUGGAUCAUCGCUUUGGGGGUAAUAUAAUGGUUGGUUUUUGAGAUG